CUUGAUAUAUUCAGUUGAAAUUAAAGUAUCUGUAAAAAAAUAUGGAGUUCAGAAAUUUUUUCUUCUGUUUGUUGUUAUGUUUGGGGAUUUUAAAAAUUGGAAAUUCUUCAAAAUUGACGAAAGGAGGUUCUCAUGAUAUUAGGAAAAUUUUGGUAAUCGGAGCUACAGGUCAAGCUGGAUCCAAAAUCGUAAAGGAAGCAUUGGAUAGAGGUCUUCAAGUUAGGGCGUUCUCUAGAAACCCGAGUAAGUUAUCUGAAGAUGUUAAAGAUAAAGUAGAAACAGCAACAGGAGAUAUACAAAAUUACGAAGAUGUUCAAAAAGCUGUCAAAGGAGUCGAUGCAGUUAUUGUUGCUAUUAGUCCUCGCAGUUAUGAAGAUACGUCCAAAUACAUGGCAAAAGGUGUCCAAAAUGUCGUUAAAGCCAUGAAAGCAGAAAAUGUUGAGAUAAUUAACGUUUUGUUAUCAGAUUUUAUAUUCAUGACAGUAGAAGAAAUUCCACAAUUUUACAGGAUUGCAGUUGAAGAUCAACAUGCUAUGCUUGAAGCUGUACAAAACUCGGGUUUGAAAUAUAUUGCUUCAUGUCCAGCUAAUUUCAUUACAUCAUCAUUUGACGCGUAUGAGACUAAAAUUGGUGGUAUGCCUGGUGGAAACUCCAAUGGUGAAACAAACGUAAUUUCUCUAAACCAACUUGGUAAAUACUUCAUCGAUUCCUUGUCAAAACCCGGAUACUACGGAAAAUUAGUUGGACUUCGUAAUCAAGUUGAACACAAGCAAGGAGUUAAUGCUUAAAAAAACUAUUAUGAGCGGGUUGUUCAAUAGUCACUUAAAAUGUAAUCUUGGAUUAAACUGCAAACCUCGUUGUAUAAUCAUCGGUUAAACUCAUGUUAGAUAAGCUGAGCAUUUUUGCCCUAAAGAUUUAUUUACUAAACCUUAUGAUAAAAUGUUUCUAUAAAUAUAAAAAUUAUUUUAUAA